UCCUGAAUUUAGGUUACGAUUGUCUGUGAUAUAGUGCCAUGUAAAUCAGAUCCUCGAUCACAAAGCACGCUAUACAAAGAUAUUGGAGUGACUUUCGCUACCACUAAAAAGUGAAGACAACCAUUUGCUGAAGGCUUGCCUUGACACUAACUAUGGACUAUUGGAGUGCCUUGGAGGUGUACAAGGAGAUGUUGUUGCUCUACCUGGAGGAAGGCAGGCGGCUUGUGAACACCAACUGUGAGACGUUGGAACCAUGGCAGAUCAUUGGAGCCACUCUCAUAUCUACCUUAGGAGCAGUCUGGGUCAAAGGCUUCCUGUUUCAGCAAGAAACCCUGACAUCCCGAAUCAAGAAGCAGAGCUUUCGACUCAUCAGAAAAAUACCCUUUGUUGGCGCAGCAAUCCAGACCCAGCUGAACAAGGCCCUGGAUGACAUGUCUGUCAGUCUUUGCGCACUGAAGGAGGGCAUGAACUACACCAAACAGCUGCCUGAACAAGGGCUAACGCAAGCUGAAGUUCUAGACAGGAUCAGCGAGUACGAAACACUGAAUGAAGUGGAUUGGGAGAAUGGACGAGUGUCCGGUGCAGUGUAUUGGGGAGAUCAGACACUUACCAAACUUUUGGUGAAGGUGUAUGGAGACUUUGCAUGGAGCAACCCACUUCACCCAGACAUCUUUCCCGGUGUGAGGAAGAUGGAGGCAGAAGUUGUAAGAAUGACGUGUACCCUCUUCCACGGUGGGCCCAACACUUGUGGCACAGUCACCUCUGGGGGAACUGAAAGCAUAUUGAUGGCAUGCAAGGCGUACAGAGACAUGGCCUAUGAGCGCGGUGUGAAACAUCCUGAAAUCAUUGCACCAAUCAGUGUCCAUGCCGCCUUUGACAAAGCAGCAAACUACUUUGGAAUGAAGCUUGUUCACAUCCCCCUGGACAAGAAUACAAUGAAAGUGGAUGUUAAGGCGAUGAGGAGAGCUAUCAGCAAGAACACAGCCAUGCUUGUAUGCUCCGCACCCCAGUUCCCGCAUGGAAUCAUUGAUCCUAUUGAGGAAGUAGGAAAGCUGGCUUUAAAGUACAACAUCCCUCUGCAUGUGGAUGCUUGUUUGGGAGGGUUUCUCAUCGUGUUCAUGGCCAAAGCCAAUUAUCCACUGGCUCCCUUUGACUUCAGGGUAAAGGGUGUGACUAGUAUAUCUGCAGACACACACAAGUAUGGCUACGCCCCUAAAGGUUCAUCAGUGAUCCUGUAUAGUGACAAGAAGUACAGGCACUACCAGUACUUUGUGGCUCCAGACUGGCAAGGGGGCAUCUAUGCGUCCCCAUCAGUGGCAGGAUCUCGGCCAGGCGGUAUCAUCGCAGCGUGCUGGGCUACCAUGAUGCACAUGGGAGAGGAUGGCUACAUAAAGGCCACCAAGAAGAUAAUUGACACUGCACGUACCAUCAAGACAGAAAUCCGAAAGAUAAAUGGGGUGUUUGUGUUUGGAGACCCUGAAGUGUCUGUGGUGGCAAUAGGCUCUGACGUCUUCGACGUUUUUCGUUUAUCAAACGCACUGACUUCAAAGGGUUGGAAUCUCAACAUGCUACAGUAUCCAUCCAGCAUCCAUAUCUGUUGUACUGUACUGCACACACAUGAAGGUGUGGCCAAACAGUUAAUCAAUGACAUCAAAGAGCAGGUGGCUCUCAUUUUGAAAAACCCCAAUGAGAAGACCACUGGAAUGGGAGCAAUCUAUGGCAUGGCCCAGUCCAUCCCUGACAGAUCCAUGGUGACUGAGAUCUCCCGAGGCUUCUUGGACUGCCUCUACAGCACAGAGGAGCCCAAGUCGUCUCAGCCUCAGAAGACCCAUAUGAAUGGCAACGGCAAGGCCCACUGAGUCAGGAGAAGGCUGGCUGUGGCCUGGACACACACCUGGGUCAUGUUCAUUAGGGAACAUAAUGGUAAGCGUUGUGAAACGUUUUGCAAUGGAAAAUGAAAAGGAGCGUUUACUGGAUAAGCUCAAGUAGUCCCUCCAUGUUUCAGUCCAUUUUCUUCAGGUCGGUGACUAAUGAACACGGCCCUGGUUACCAGCCUGCCUCACCUCUGGUCCACCCACUACAUCACUCAACAUUUGCCUUAUCCUGCCCACCUUUUAUCUACCUACUUUUUCAGAUAUGUUCUGAAGCACAAGCCAUUGUUUUUAGCCAUCGUGAGGAGAAUUCUUAAAAUAUGUAGAAAGUGAAAGCACCUAUUGUACAAAAAUAUAUAGAAUAGUUGCUCAAACCAUUGGGGGGUUUUGGUCUGGUUGUAUUAAUUGUCCACCACGAUAAUAUCAGGGAUGGGACGAUUGAUCUGUCUCCGUACGUUCAUACAUUAGUCACACGCGAUAUCUCCGACAGCACUGGCCCGAUUUUGACGAAACUUGUGUGAAUGAAGCGUCUGCCGUGAUAAAAAACAAACACUUAAUGCUACUCUUCUGACACCAAAUGAGCGAUCUGCAUGAAACAUCUAUGAGCAAAGGUCUCUCGGCGCAAUAUUUUCCAGACUAGUACCUUAAACAACAUGGCCACUAUUGAGUCUAGCUAACCCUCGCAAUAUUUUGAUGGAACUUGGGGGAAUUAUCUGUCUUUUAGAAAAGUUUGUGGUCAUACGCACAUCCUUAACAACGUAGGGGCUGGGCUAAUAAAGAAUGUGUAAAGAACAGGAAAGCCUGCACCCUGUUAAAGCUCCCAAUUCGCAGUUUUAUUCACAAUGUUUCGAUCCAAAACGGAUCAUAAUCCAGUCAAACAGACUGAGUGCUCACAUCCCAAAAUAUACACAUUUCACCUCACAUGACGCAUGGUGGGUGUGGAAACGAUUCAAUUCACUUUUGCGUAUAGUCAAUCAUAUAAUUAAUCCCAGAGGUACUCGUGGUCAUAAAGGAUUAAAUGCAUACAAAUUAAAACAUGGGUAACAGUAAAAAGAUUUGGAAACCGUUGGAAUACACAACCAUAUGACCAUUACGCGCAGGUCGUGCAGUGGCCGUAGAUAUAAUUACAAUUACCUUUUUUUUUUUAAACAACUUGCCUACCUCUAAUAAUUUGAUAUCAAUGAGAUGGGCCCAUGUAGUAGUAGUUACAUAAAAUCAAAUGUACAAAAUGACCAAGUGGAGACCUGGAUGGCAAGACGAAUUGAACGUAGCAUAUUCAUGUAAGAAAUUGUCUGUUAUCAAACUCUUGGUUCAAACCUUUAUGAGACAUGGUAGGCAAACGGUGAAUCCAAUACAAUUCUCUUCUCGGUAAUAGAUUAUCAGUAUCUCCCCUGCUCCUAGUAACCUUAACAUGUUCAAUACCAAUGUAUCUCAGAGAUCUGAUGUUGUAACGAACCUCCAUGAAAUGCACAGCCACAGGGUUUCUCUGAUCAAGAGAUCUAAUAUUAUUCCUGUGUUCUGCUAUCCUUGUUUUCAGAGAACAUUUCAUUUUUCCCUACAUACCAUACACCACGAAUACACUUAUCAGAUAUACCACAUUUGUAGAACACGUAAUGAUACCCUUCAUCUCAAUGGCCUUGUCUGUGAUGGGGUAAUUGAACGUUGUGCAUUUGUUUGUCUACAUAACCUGGUUCAAACAUUCAUGACAUUACCCUGAAGAAGGCACAGUGAUGCCAAAACAUUGGUGUUUUUUUUAACCCAAUAAAUUACUGGGAGUGUGAGACUUUGUUUUGAUAGUGACGAGCCUCGGUGAAAUGCGCAGCCACGGUGUUUCUCUGAUCAAGGGUCCUGAUAUUACUCCUGUGUUCUGCUAUCCUUGUUUUCAGAGAUCGUUUAGUUUUUUUCUACAUAGCAUAGACCACAAAUACACUUUCUCAGGUAUACCACAUUAGUAGAACAGGUAAUGAUACCGUUAAUCUUAAUGGGGUGAUUGAAAAUUGUGCAUUUGUUAGUGAAAUUACACGGGAUACAUCGGCCACAUCUUUAAUUACCAUCCAGCUCAUUGUCUAGGAAAGUACUACGUGACACACGGUGGAAGAUCAGACCUCACCACCAUUUGGCUGAUUUUUUUUGAGACUUGUCCGAAGACUCCCCGGGAGGGUUCUUUUAAAUGUCUUUUCCAGUCGUGGGGUCAGUGCUCAAGAUGUGGAUUUUUUUUUUCCAUUUUAAAUUUAAGAUAUUGUUGAACUGUUUGUCUAGUGGGGAGUAAUUGAAGGAACAAUUGGACUCGUUAGUCGGGGCGGGAUGGUUUGGGAGUGAGUGUCAUCCUGGGUCAUAUUUUUUUAACGGUCCCAUGCAGCAUGCAGCCAUUCCUCUGGGUUACCUUGCUGUCUGAAGUGCUCAUCCAGACCAUGUGCUUGUUUGUCAUAAUCACACUGUGUACUACAGAUCCUGUGUAUGCGACUGUACAGGCUUGCGAAAAUAUUCACCCCCCCUUGGCAUUUUUCCUAUUUUGUUGCCUUGCAACCUGGAAUUAAAAUAGAUUUCUCUUUUUGGGGGGGUGUGGGGGGGGUGUUUGUAUCAUUUGAUUUACCCAACAUGCCUACCAUUUUGAAGAUGAAAAAUAUUUUUUUGUGAAACGAAGCAAGAAAGAAGACACACAAAAUAUUUAGUGUGCGUAACUACCCCCCCCCCCCAAAAAAAGUCAAUACUUUGUAGAGCUACUACAGUUUACAGCUGCAAGCUGCAAGUCUCUUGGGUUGUCUCUAUUAGCUUGGCACAUCUAGCUACUGGGAUUUUUGCCCAUUCUUCAAGGCAUAACCUUUUUCACUUCAACAAUUUUGACUUUUGUAUAUGUCCAUUAUAUGUAAUCCAAAAAAAAAAAUCCACUUAAAUUACAGGUUGUAAUGCAACUGCCAAGGGGGAUGAACACUUUUAUAAGGCACUGUAUUGGCUGAUAGCUUACACCCUUAUGAGCCCCCCCUAUCUCUGCGUAACAGGGAAUUCCUGUUCCGCCGGCUCCCUAUAGGUCGGUGCUAAAGCCAACUCCCUCUUUAUCAAAAUGUCUUGCCCUAGAGAUGUAGCAUUUACAGAAUUACUCAUUGGCCCAAGGGAGGCACUACAGUAAUCAACUGUAUGUACAUUAGUCACAUGCGAUAUCUCAGACAACUACACUGCAUCAUUUGUGGAGGAUCACAUGUUCAUUGUUGCCUUGUUUAACACCUGAUUUACUUAACAAAAAUAGGUGGUUCAGGUAAAUCAUGAUAUCGCUAAAGGGGGACUUUCCUAUUUUUCUCUAUUGUGCCUCUACUUUUCCUCAAGCAAGGGAGAGGCUGACUUUUAAUUUUUUUACCCUUUAGUGUGUGUACUUUGGGAUAUCACUUUAACAGUAAAACAUUUCAUACUCAAUGUUCCAGGUACAAACAACCGUGUUUGUCAGUCUCUGAUUCUUCUACAACAACAUUUACAUUUACAUUUAAGUCAUUUAGCAGACGCUCUUAUCCAGAGCGACUUACAACAAAUAAUGGUUUUAACUGAAAAGCACUAAUGUCCUAGUGAAAUAAAUACUUACCCAGUGAACAGGAGGGAGCAAUGUUCUCUGCAUGUAUUUGUAAGGACAACAUACUUGAAUCAUUUAAGACUUGAGCCCAUUUUGAAUUAACAUUACCUACCUAGGCUCUUGUACUAUAUUGCAUAUAUACAUGUAUGACUAAUUGCGGUCUGUUUGUGGCUAAUUGCUAUCUUUCAGUAAUAAUUUAGACUGCAAGAAACCCUGGCUGCUGUAACACAUUACCUAGUAUACUGUACACCGCCACUAUGUUAUUAAGAAUCUGAGACUGCAAUCCACUGAUUUGACAACAUAUUCAUUACCCCCUCUAUUCUUUGAGACAAUGGUUUAGCCCUUAAUUGAAUGGUUUAGACCUGAAAUGAUCUCAAAGAACAGAAUACACACUGAAAUAUCUUUAGAAGUUGUAAAGUCUCCAUCUCAAUUAUGUGUUCUUGUAGCUAAUUAAUUGAUUUGGCUUCUAAUUUUAUCUACCUCAGUUUCUGUUCAAUGCAAUUGUGUUGCUUGUUCAGUCAUUAUAGGUCUAAAGAAUACCAGAAAAGCCUGCCUCAGUUUUUCAUGUAACAUUUAAACGUAUGGCAUUUGAGAAACUGCAGUGUUCUUAAAAAAGCAAUACUGGUAUAAAACUGUUUGCAAAAAAACAAAAACUACUGGAUGUACACUUGGUAUGCCCCCAAAACACACUUCAAAUUAUCUUUCCAUCAAAAUGUUCCAUGUGCUUUCACAUUUGUGUUUGCAGUCAAACUUAAGUGAAUAUCCACUUUUCUUUCCAUGUCUGUAGCUAGGUUUCUAUCCAAUUGACAACAGAUUAAUAUGAAUAUUAAAAAAAUUAACAAAGAAAAUACUGCAUGCUCAUUUUCCCACCAGUGAUGUUUCCACCAAACAGACCUGUUGCGCAUAAAACUCAUUGCGUGAUGACGUAGGGCACAAACUUUUAUUUUUCGCUGAAAUGUAUGUACCGACAAAAAAAAAUCUAAAGUUCAAUGUGUUUCCAUCGCAAUCUUCAACUCUACUGAUAGUUUUGUCACAAACUGUUGCGUUAAUUAGCAAUAUGGUCUUGACACUUCCGCUAUAGCAAACAGCUCACAGAUAAAGUGCGGGUAGGCUAGUCUACAUGACGAUAUUAUGCAUAUGAAUGUUUUAUUUGUCAAAGCAUCGAUUAUCAUGUUACCAGAUAAUAACCAUCGAUAUUUAAUGGGAAGGAGCAUCAUGCUCACCGUGCACUUUCACCACGCUGUGAUGUUCAUCACGAUUUAUUUAAUCUGUAAUUUAAUAAACGGUAUGGUUUUCCAAGUCGUAGUGGGAGGACCACACACUAUCAUCGAGUGACUCAAAUUACUUCGAUAUGAUGGUUAUUAUAUUUCUAUUUGGCGCAUAAAGGCGUUUCCACCGCCAUUUCUCUCAUCAUACAUUUUACAGACACAAGAUCACACCAUGCCGAACAAACAAAUUAUCUGUCGUAUUUAUAAAAUUGUACCGAAACUUCCAUUAAAAAAUAACUUUUACUUUACUCACAAAACUGUGGAGGGAAAUGUGGUUUGUGUCGUAGAUGUUUAACCUUCUGAAGUCAUAAAAAGGGAAAUAACCUGACAAUGUUAUGAUGAUGCGAUGGCUUUUAAAUCAUACCAUUUAACUUUUAGCCCAGUCCUGUUGUAUAAUUCUUAAGCAUUUUUUUGUGUGACCACUUUUUUUAUUCUUAUUAAUCACUGUGAUUUUUCUUAUCUGCAACGAUUGUGUUUUGGGGUAAAUACUAAUUUGUGGGUCAAUCCUGGUCCUUGAAGGCUGCGGUGUCUGGUUUGUUCUUUUGAUUGGUUUUCUAUCUUAAAAUCAAUGCUUGAUUAUAUAGCAACUAUGAAAACCAAUAGACAGGGUGGCCCUCAGACGAGUUGAGGACACUAGCUGGAUUACCUGAAAAUAUACAGUAAAUAUAGUAGUUAGUGGAACCAUACAGUACCACUGAACAAAAGGGUCAAAGAUCUGACAAUGGGUAGUUUCUAUUUUCUAGGUGGAGCCAUCAAUGGAGAAAUAACCACUAAUAUGUUGACAUUAAUAGCCAGGAGUAUAUUAAAUUGCAAAAGAAACAAAGGUAAUUUAAUGUAAAUUGUGAUAGUACCUGAAUUGCUGCUUAGUGCUUACCCCACUAUAGUCUAAAUUGUACAGUGUAAAUCUUAAAGCGCCUUGCCCUCAAGGAGGUAGGGUUAAGAUCAUGCCUUCUGUUAUUGUCUAAGGGAAUAAUCUUCACAGCAAUAAAUCACAUUCACCUGUAUGCCUUCAGAGGCCAGAUUAAUGAGGGCUGUUGGGUAAUAGCAAUGUAUAGAAUCUCAAUGUAGAUUCUUAUUUAUAUGUAUCGAUCAGCCUUAGGGAUUUGGCUUCGCAACAUCAAGUUCAGUAAGGUCCAGUUAAUUUAUACUGUACAUGUCAAUUUUAAUAUCAUUAAAUGUUUUUGAAAAUCUAAAAAUAUAGUAGCAUGAAUUUGUAGCUAUUUGUAGUUUCUUGCUACCCUUCAUUAUUCCAGAAAAAAACCCUUUGGAAAGCAUUUGUUGGCCAUGGUUACACUCCUUUCAGCACAACAAUUGAUUCCAAAAUACUUUCAGCACACAGGAAGCUGAACACCAUAACAAUUACAAUAAACCUACAACAGCUGUUCCAUUUGUUGUUUUUAGAGAUUCAUUCAAUGUGAUAACCUUGUUUUAUAAUAUGAUUUCUAGGAGGGGUGAAAUAUUGAGGCUGACCCCAUUUGUCUGUAGGCUACACUUUGGACAAAUUAAUAAACAGACACUUACUGGUUAUUCAAACAACUAUUUGUCACUUACAAAACAUUACACAGGAAAACCAUUUCAGACACACAGACUAGACAAAGUCAGUGUUUUUAUAUAGCAAUAAUGUUGGAAUGAUCAAAUCGAUUUCCCCCAGAUUUCAAAGGUUUAGAGUCUGAGCUAGAGUUAUGUACAUUAGACACUUGAUUUUACAUUACCUGAUUCUGCUCAGUUGGGGACAGGAAUGUUUGAUAUACAGUAUCUAUGGUAUUUUUACUGGCUAAUCACUGGUUGCUAAUAAAUCCACUUUCCACCAAAGCAAUUGUUUUAAAGGUAUAUUUGGCUUCAUCAGUCAAGCAACAAACACCACACCAGCAAAAUGUUUGAAUUAAAAGUGACCUGUAAACAUUAAAUAUUAAUUGGGAUUCUGA